AUGCCGCGAGGAGUUGAACAAGUUCAGGCAGCCAUCGAGGCACACUCCCUCGCCAACAUCGAUGACUAUGUCAAGACCAGCACCAUGCACCCGGAGCUUGAAGAGGCCGUCCAGCACCACAUCCUUCUCGAGCUGAAAAGCUGGUUCUUCUUCCGCAAGCUGUCUUGCGACUGUGCCCGUGCCAAUAUAGCUUUGCACGGCUUUAAUCUGCUUUUCAAGCGUUGUGCCAUUGAGUGCUUCGCGGACGCCAACUGGCUCGAAUGCUAUCUCGUUCAGCGCGGCGGCAUCUGCAGGCCCGUCGACAUCCCGGCCCCGACCGUCGCCUUCCCCGACGACCCAGUCGACCCCGUGCAGCCCGUCUACGAGGCCCUCCGAGUCGAAAAGGCCAUCCUGGAGGACGCGAUCCGCCUGUGUAAGCUCGCCGACAAGCACGGCGACUAUCCGCUGGACGAUGCAAUUGAGACGCGCUUCCUGAAGAAGGAGACGAAGCAUGUCAAGGACAUGGGAGAUCUGCUGCAGCAGUGUGUCAGGGUCUCGAAGGAUGUGGGCCAUGGUGUCUACCAUCUCGACAAGGAGUUGCGCUGGAAGAAGGGCAUUACGCCGUGGGCGAAGGAGAACAAUCCCGACAACAAUGACUUGCUUCUCAAGGAGGCUGCUAAGGACUUGCAUGAUCCACUGUUGUAUCCUCAGUGA